UUUUCGUCUCCUGCGCUUCGUCUGUUAGACCAGAGGAUUAGGGAGACGAGAGAGGAGGGUCGGAGAACCGUCGACGGAACAAUAGUCUUUCAUCACGGAGGCGGCGGCCAACGCAAACUCCUCCUCCUCCUACAUUCCCAGGAACUACUACGUCACCCUCAAGCGGCUGAAGGAGAAGCACGACGCAUCCAUCAUGGAGACGGCGGCCAACGCAAACUCCUCCUCCUCCAUUCCCAAGAACUACGUCACCCUCAAGCAGCUAUCGGAGAAGCACGAUGCAUCCAUCACGGAGAAGGCGGACAAGGCAAACUCCUCCUCCUCCAUUCCCAAUAAUUAUGUCACUCUAAAGCAGUUAAAGGAGAAGCACGAUGCAUCCAUCAUGGAGACGGCGGCCAAGGUAAACUCCUCCUCCUCCUCCUCCUCCUCCAUUCCCAAGAACUACGUCAGCCUUAAGCAUCUGCAAGAGCUGCGCCUCAAGGAGAAGCACGAUGAUGAAGAGAGGCUUCGCAAUCUCAAGCAAGAAGAAACUGAAAAGAAGGCGGCGGAGGAAAGACGGAAGGCGGAUGAGUUGUUGAUCCCGAAGCCCCACCGGAGGAUCCUCGGAUCGAGGCACAAGUGGCCUUCGAACCGCCAAAAAUGGGUGGUCGCGAGGCUAGCAUCGCCCGGGACUCCCGAUGCGGACGGGGCGAAGGGGAGCGCCAGUGGAGCCGUUCAGGUACCCCCGAUCGGAAAAUCCACUGGGAGUGAUACCAAUCCUGAAGUAGGUCGGAAGCAGAAUCCGAAGAAGAAGAAGAAGAAGAAGAACAAGGGAAAAGCUGAUAGGGAGAAGAACGGCGGAACAGAGGCGGCGAUGGCGAUGGCGACGGCGGAAGAGGAGUCCGAGGAGAUAAAGGGAUCUGAGAAAAUCACCGCCGAUCCUUCGCAGGAGAACCCCGUCCAAGUAAAAGAAGAUGGCAGGCGAGGUCGCUGGACGGGGGCGGUGAACAGGUCCAUCGGGCAGCUUUCUGGAUGUGGACAGGAGCGGACGGUGCCGACCGAGCGACGGAGCGUCAUCGUUGACGAUGAGGCCGCCGCAGGGGCGGGUAGGGGGAGGUGGACAGCCGCGAGAGGCGGUGCAUCGAAUCAGAGGGCCGGGGGAUUUGGCCGCGGACGGAGGUUGCCGGACGGAGCCGGUCUGGUGUGGGUCAGGAAGACCUCAAGCACUUAACGUGUUCCGGCAGAGGCUCGAAACAGGUUGUGAGGCCCUGCGCCGGGUCCCACAAGCACAUUAUUUUCACCGGUCAAAAACUGGUUAUUUUUCCUGUGCUUGCUUUAUUAGUUUCUUUCUUUCAUUGUUGUCAUGUUCCUGAUUGCAUUAGUUGUUGCUACUGACAUGAAUGAUAAGUCAUAAUGUCUUGACUAUUUGGGUCCAGUUAGAUGAAUGAUAUCUCUAGUUAAAGACUUA